GCGAGUGCCGUGUGCGGCUGCGCAGUGGUGUCGGUGACGGAGUUAUGGCGGCGAUGACACAGAAUUUGAAUCAAGGAUUACAUACUGUGAAUGGGAGUCCUAACGUGAGUCUCAAUGGACCACAAAUACUGGGAUCCUUCACACCAGAAGAUACCCUACAACAAAUGGAUGAACUGAUUAAGGAGAACAAUGAGUUAAAAGAAGCAAUCAAGCAAACAAAUCAUGCAAUGAAGGAACGUUAUGAAGAACUUGCAACUUGGAGGGAAAAACAGAGGGAAGAAAGGGACUAUAUUCAGAACAAGUUUGAAGAGGCCAAAACUCGAUUAACAGACCUUACUGCAGAGAAUGAAAUCUUGAAGAGCAAAAUACAGGAAUUGAAUGCUGAUACUACUCAGGGAGUUCCCAAAGGUGCAAUCUUUAAUGUGAUGGAACAAGAUAUGCAGCAACUGAAAGCACUUGUUAGUAGGCUGCAGACAGAAAAAGCUGAUUUGGUUGCCAUGAAUUCAGAGCUUCUGCUGAAAUUGGGUGCCCCAGCGUCUGAUGAUUCAUUUGUUGAAAUUCGAAUGGAGGCUGCUGAUGAUGGUGAAGUAAAAGCAGCAAAGGAAUUGCAAUGCAAGAAUGCAGACAGCCAAGCAGUCUACAACAGGUCAAACACGGAUGAUAGUACUGGAAAACGCCUGCUGUCAGAAGAGUUAACAGUCAGCCAACUCCUCCAUAUGCUGAGGGACAAGACUCUGAAUCUGGAAAAGCUUGAACAUGAGCUUCAAUCUUCAAAGCAAAGGGUUUCAGAGCUCGAGCAUGCGUGUGAAGCAGCUGAGCUUGCAAGACAGGCUGAGAAAAAUGCAAGAGAGGAGCUUUUGUCUGGUACCAAACAGGAAUUGGCACCUGAAACAGUGGUGAUGGAUGUCAGUGUAGAACAACAGAAUACUGAAACAGCAGCUGCUCCAGUAGAAGGUUUGAAUAAUCCAAACAACCAAUCUUCGAAUGAAGUUGAAGCAUUGAAAUUGCAAGUGAUGUCAUUAGUAAAAGACUUGCAGGGAUCCCAGAAAAAGCUGGAUGAAGCUGAACGAAUGAAGAAAUCUCUUAAUGAGAGAUGUCUUGAUUUGGAACAACAGCUAGCAAACAACCAAGUGACAACGGAGGAGAAAAGGCAGCUUAUAUUUUCCAAUGAAAAGUUGAAGCUGCAAGUGGAAAGCUUACAAUCAGAGCAUCAAAUUGAUCAGAUGAAAAUAGCAGAUGAAAAACUAAAACUAGCAGAGGAAAAAAGAAAACUCGCACAGAUCCAAGAGGCCUAUAAUAAUUUGUUUCAAGAACACAAUGACCUUAAGAAGGCUAAUGAAGAAAUGAAAGUUAAAGAGAGUAAAAACUUGGAGAAAAUCAAUGAUCUAACUAUUGACCUGGAUGUAGCUAAAAGAACAAUGGAAGCAAAUCAGCAAGCCAUUGUUGAACUAACGAGAACUGUUGAACAACAAGCAGACAACCUAAAAGCACAGCACGCAAACAAUGCUGAUUUAGCUGAUAUCUCAAAUCAGUUAGAAAUGGCUGAGAAAGCCUUGGUGGAAAAGCAGCAAAAGAUUGAUGAAAUGAAGCAGACAAUUAUAAAACAAGAAGAGGAAAUAGAAACUGUGGCUGUGUUCCGAGCACAGGCUGAUGUUUACAGUGCAGAUUUCCAUGCUGAAAGAGCAGCUCGAGAAGCAAUUCAUGCAGAAAAGGAGUCACUGGCUGAAAGGGUGAAUUUGCUCAUGAAAGAAAACACAAAGAUGAAGGAGGAACUGGGUGCAUUUAGCAGGCAGUCUUUGAUUGAAUUGCAGCGCCGUCAUAGCAAUCUAGGGGCUGAGGACAAUGCAGCAAUGCAGCAACAGGUUCAACGAGGACCUGACAAUCUUGCUUGGGACCUGCAAGGGGUUCUGCCGGAACAUGCUUGUCCAAAGUGUGGUACUGUCUUGCCUGACAUAGAUACCCUACAAAUACAUGUCAUGGAUUGUAUCAUAUAAGCAGAAGAUCUAACUAACCAUGUUAUGGUUCUUACAGCUAUGCAAACAUAUUCAAUUUGUUGUUGCCUUAUUGGAGGUUGGAGGAGAAAGGAUGCUGAUUGUAAUUACUUUUAUGGAAUUUCUCUUCAAACUGUAAUUGUGAAAUUAAGUGUUUUGUUGUUUAGUACAAUGCUUCCCAAAUUUUUUCUCACUGUGACCCCAUUUCAUCUUUUGAAAAUAGUCAUGACCUUGUGGGAACUGAGAGAUAGCCAGGGGCCUUAUACUGGGAGAGAGGGGCACAGCUGUUAUAACUUAGUGGCCAUUGGUGCUUCAGAGCUUGUGACCCACUUAGGUCCUGACCUUAUUUUGGAAAGUCCUCAUCUCAUACUGCUUUAAUAUUUGCUAACGUGAAUGUAGUGCUCAUUUAUCUUUACAAACUUAAUUCUAAGAAUAAUGCAUCAAAGGAUUUAACAUUUUUCAAUAAUAGCCUCAGAGUUUGCAUAUUACAGAGCUAUUUAUUUCCUGCAGGUUUGUUGGUGAGUUACUGGGCACUGUUUUUCCACAAGUGUUUUGGGUUAUAAGUAAAAACAGUUGGGUAAAAUGGGGCAGAUCUAAUCUACGUUUCAGAGGAGACAUUCAGAUUUGUACUUAAGAAAAUUGUACCAUUCCAAGUCUCUCAAUCUUUCGGUAUAAUUACACUCAAUUAGGUAGGGGGUAAAAUUGAGCAUAUACCACCAUGUUUCCUGACUGAUGUGAUGGGUUAAUUUCUUUGCCAAAGACUAAAUAUUCUGGUUAAGUUCCACUUGAAGAAUUCAUUUAUCAAGAAUAAAACAAUUGAAAUGCUUACAAUCUGUAUAUUGAGUAGUGUACUGGGUCAUGUAUUGAUUGAUAUUUCUGGGCAUAGGUAUAAUGAAGAAAUAAAUAUUCCUCUCAGGGAUGCCUGCUGACUUAUCCCACGUGAACGUUAAUUGGAAAGUGUUAACCACUUCUCUUUUUUUUUUGACCACCUCACUGGAUAGAGCUAUGGGAAAGUCCGGAGGAAAACAAAGUUAAAGCAGGGGUGGAAAUCAUUCCAUGACUAACUCUGGGCUUCGCUAAGUGUUUAUUUUCAGAGCUUAGGAGCAUUAAUCAAAAAUAAUUUUCAGAGAUGUCAGGUAGGAGGUUAAAAAAAGCAAGGUAGCCGAAGUAGUAUAUCAAAUGAGGUGCAAAACGCAAACUAAGUUUCUGAAUAUUACAUUUGGUGAUUGUAUUGAGUUUUAAAGAUAGUAAUUAAUAAAAUGUCUUGUCUGGA